ACCACAAAAGUAAUAUUUACACAACAUAAAUCAAAAUAAAAAGUCAGUUCUGUGUGUUGGCUAGCAAAUGGAAAACAAAUAUGUGCAAAAUGCAGUUUUUAAUGCGCUUUACAUAAAUUAAGCUAGCGCACUGUGUCUGUGUGUGUGUGUGUGAUGGCAAUCAAGCUAAGCCAACAAAAAGUAGUGAAAAAAAACGUAAUUCAAAGCUGCCAUUGAUCAAAUGCUAAAGUGACAAAGUGCUUAAAGCGAAUAUCAAAUUUACUGCAACAGUUUGCCAACUAACUUUGUUUACGACGAUGCACAGCAGUUGCGGCCACUUGGAACUAUAAUGCGUAACGGAUGUCUGGCAACGAUGUGGCCGCCAGUUAGCGUCACGACAGGCACAUGACAAGCGCCGCAACGUAAACCUAAGCCAAGGACGCAAUGCAAAUAGCCAUAAACAAUAGCAAUAACACACAAGCGAGCAAGCGAGCCAACGAGCACAACGAGCACAACAUAAAACCCAAAGCGGGAGCAAUAACAAGCAGAGCAUGGCGGAGGACAGUGGGAGUGGCAGUGGCAGCGGUAGCGGCAGCGCUGCCAAAAUGCAGCUGCUGACGAAGAUGGACAAGGCAGUGUCCACCAAUGAUAUACUGCUGGAUCUGCAGCGUGCGCUCACCUACGAGGCGGUCUUCAGCACGCUGGUGCAGCACAAGAUGCAGGAGCUGAAGCGCGACUAUGAGGAGCACAAGCGUGCCAAGCGCAAGAAGCGUAAAAAGUCCAUUGGACGCAUUUUCUUGCCACGCAAGCUAUUCGGCAUGCGUCGUGCCUGCAAAGAAGAUGAUGAGGAGGAGGAGCAGCUAAGCACAGAGCAGCAGCCAGCAGCUGCAUCAACGCCCGCUGCAGCUGCAGCUGCUGCCAUUGAAACGGCGCUCGAGGACAGCGUGGCCAGCACCUUGAGCAACUCCUCGGGGCGACAGCACAAACGCAGUUUGAUGGUGGUGCAAGCUCAAACGCAUCGACGCGCCAGCUGCAGCUCCGAUGAGGACAAAGCAGUGCCAAUUGCUGAGCCGCCCCCCGAGCAACGACAUUCCCAUUCUCAGAGUACAACGACCAAUGGCUACGACAAUAACUCGCUGGCCACUGCCACAGCCACAGGCACGGCGACAGUCAUUGGUGCCACACGUGCUUGCCACAGCUCCACGCUGGCCGAUGACAGCCUGACAGCCUCGCUGCGCGGCAGCCUGGAGAGUCUUUCCUACUCCAGCUCACGCUGCACUGUCAGCUUCGGUGGCGCCGAAAUCAUUGCGCUGAGCCAUGCGGACGCGGAGACGCGUGAACGCGCGCGUUUGGCCAAGCGGCUGCGCAUACUGGAGGCAAAGUCCAUCAGCGCCCAGUGCAGUCCCAUCUUUCCACGCAGCGUGGCACGCUCAUUGCCACUGCCACAGCCACAACAGGCGCGCCUGCACGUCAAUGUUCCAUCCAGCCUGGCACGGCCGCAGCAGCAGCAGCAGCGGGAGCAGCAGCCGCACGUAACUUUGGAAAUUGAGGCGUCGCCACAGCCACAUUUAUACCCACAGCCGCCACAGCCUGAGGCGAUGGCACUGCCACAACGUAAACGUCUGCUGCCCAAACAGAUUUCCUAUACGGAAAGUUAUUCAGGCGCUGGCAGCGAUUUCGAUGGCGCCGCUGCCUAUGCGCGCUACUUUUCGCGACAAAACACAUCCGAGGAUAGCGCCAAUGUGACUGUGAGCACGGUGCUGGCCCAGAGCGAUUCGCAGUCGCUGCAUGCGCUGCCCAGCUACGCGAACACGCCCACAAGUGGGGCGGCGGCGGCGGCGCUGAAGGAACGUGAGGCGGAGCGUUUGAAAUCGCGCAGCGCGGGACUUUUGGCGCUGCCUGCUACACCCGAGGCGGUUGUUAUUCCUAUAGAGGCAACGCUGGAGCAGCAGCCGGCGCCAGCGCGGCAAAUGCAACGCAUGACCUCAACCUCAACUGCAUCGAGUGCGGCGCAACCCACUGGCUGCUGCAGUGCAGCCAAAGCGGCGGCCAUGCGCGCCAAGGAUAGACACGUUCAAAGCUUUAAGCCCCAGCUGCCAGCGCCCAGCACGGGCAGCGAUGAUGAAUAUCGACGACGCAAGCGAAAGUACAAACGCCAUCAUCGCUGCUCAGAUCCUGCGCUAGUCUAUCCCACGCCCAGUGGCUUGCAGCAUUAUGUCCAUGUGCUUGGCCUGCCGCACGAUGUCCAGACCAUACAAUGCCCCUAUGGGCAGGACUCGCCAUGCGACAUGCAGCUGGACAUAGACAUGGACAUGGAUGGCGAUAAAAUCGACGACCUUGAGCAUAUGGUGCCCGACGGUGCUGCUCAUCAUCAGCGACAUCGCAGAAAGCAUCGUCAUCGCCAUAAAAAGCGUCAUCGUCACAAAAAACCCAAAAUACUAGUGCAGGAUCUGGAUACAGAAGUUGUUAAGGUGAUUGAUCCACAUGAUUUGUCCCAGCGCGCACGCUGGACAAUUAUUGCAACUGCCUGCCUUUUGUUGCUAAUGUGCCUCAUGCUAAUUGGCGUAACAUUGCGCAUGGCGCCCAUUAUAGAUGAUAUGGUGCGUCAGGAGAACGAGCGCAAUAUGCGUGAAAAUUUGGAGCGCACGCUUAUGAUGAAGAAUCUAACGGAACUCAAUUUGCAGCGUCAGCAGCAGCUGCAGCAUCAAGCGCUGCAGCAGAGUCAACAGCAGCUACAGCAAGCGGUUGCCGUGGCCGUGGCAACAUUGCAAUUACCGUAACAACAGCAGCAGCAACAGCAACACACUGGCACACAAAGUUAUGCGCACAACUAAGAAUAUUUUUAAUGCGAACGCGUGUUGGCGUUGAGAAUACAAAACUAGAAUGUUAUUUACAAUGUGUUUGGGUUUGACAAGCAUUGUAAACGUAUUUAUUGUACUUGUAUGCUAAAUGUAAUUAACACUUGUUACAAACUGAGCCUCAGUCGCUAUGCACAAGCAUCCUUUAAGUGUAUUAUUAUUAUUAUCCUUUGAACAAAUUGUUUGUAGAGCAAAAGGUUUCGUGCGCCAGGAAAUAUUUUCUUUCAUUGGUUUCACUUCGUUUGCUAUUAUUACAAUUAAUUGCCUCCACCCCUCCACCCUCCACACCUCCCUCUCCAAACUUGUGCGUAGCGCUAUAAGCGCACAGCUAAAAGUAAAAACAAUUAAUAAAAGUUGGUCAAUAGUUAUAUUAUAUAUGUAACUGCAAGUUGUUAACUGAACGUAGGCGUAAGUGAAUGUUAUAAAGAAAUCAAAGUUUUUGUAAGUGUAAGUAAUAAUUAACUAGGCAAGCUACAAACUAAAACUACAAACUACAACUAAAGCUAAAACUACAACAAUUUCCAUUAUAAGACACAUAAUUGCAAUAAUUAUAAUAAUAAAACUAUAUUAUUAGAUUUUUUGCUCACUUGGUUUAGUUUUUUGGGUGCCGCAGCCGAAGCCAAAGCAGGCGUUUAAUUAAAAGCUAACGGUAAACACAAAUUGUUGUAUAGCGUAUAAAAUCUAGUACAUAGGCCUAAAAAAAAAAAACAAAAACAAAAAUAAAUAAAAG